AACCUCCGGCAACGAACAGUUGUGACAGAUCUCUUGCUGUAUCUCGCCGACGCACGUGUAACCUGAGUUGAUUUCAGAAGCGCGGCAUUGGUGGAAAAGGUGCGUUUUAAAGAAGUAUUUUGUGAUCUCUGUUGCUGAUUUGAACAUGGGAAAACCAGGAUUUACUCCACGCGGUGGCGGAGGAAGAGGAGGCUUCGGCGGUCGUGGUGGCGGAGGCCGCGGCGGCGGCGGCGGCGGUGGUGAUAGGAAAAGUUUUGGCGGUGGCGGCGAUAGGAAGAGCUUCGGCGGAGGUGGUGGUGGAGGACGUGGCGGCGGCCGAGGAUUUGGAGGAGGCCGCGGAGGUGGUGGUAGAGGAGGCGGUGGACGGGGUGGAAAACCUUCCCGCGGUGGAGGAGGAGCAGGACGUGGCGGCUUCAAAGGAGGCAAGACAGUCGUGAUCGAACCACAUCGUCACGAAGGCGUUUUCAUUGCACGCGGCAAGGAAGAUGCGCUGGUCACUAGGAACUUUGCCCCAGGAUCUGAUGUGUACGGCGAGAAAAAGAUUCAAGUUGAGACCGACGGAGAGAAAAUUGAGUACCGUGUCUGGAAUCCUUUCCGAUCCAAGCUUGCCGCUGCCAUUCUCGGUGGUGUCGAUCAAAUUCACAUGCCACCCGGCUCCAAAGUGCUCUACUUGGGUGCUGCGUCCGGUACGACCGUAUCCCACGUCUCGGACAUUGUUGGCCCCGAAGGACUUGUCUACGCCGUCGAAUUUUCACACCGCUCCGGACGUGAUUUAAUCAAUGUCGCGAAGAAGCGAACGAAUAUCAUUCCAAUCAUUGAGGAUGCCCGUCACCCGCACAAGUACCGCAUGCUUGUCGGCAUGGUGGACACAAUAUUCGCGGACGUCGCGCAGCCAGAUCAGGGCCGUAUUGUUGCAUUGAAUGCCCAGCACUUCUUGAAGAACGGCGGCCACUUCGUUAUUUCAAUUAAGGCGUCGUGUAUCGACUCAACAGCACAGCCCGAAGCCGUGUUCGCAGCGGAAAUCAAGAAAAUGCAAGCGGAUAAGCUGAAACCCCAGGAACAGAUCACCCUGGAGCCAUACGAACGUGAUCACGCUGUCGUAGUUGGAGUCUAUCGGCCGCCUCCUAAGGCGUAGUCACUGCAAUCCCACUAGUUAGUUGUUUUAUAAAAUUUUACAUUAAGGAGUAGGUUUAAGAGAGUCUAACGGUUCAAUGCAAGUUUUCAUGUUGAAGAUACGAAAGUAUGACAGAGAAAGUAAUUUUGAGAAGCUUUUUAGUAUUCUACGUUAUGUUUAGUAGGUCGCGCCUGCAGCGAGGCGCAGCAACUAUAUAUCGAAGGUACUGAAAAUUUGUACAACUACUUUUAAUAAAGUAAAAAGAACUUAUUUCAAUA